AUGGCCUCCAUCUACGACAAGCUGGCUCAAGCCAAGUACGAAGAGAAGCUCAAAGCUACCAUCCUCACCCUUACAAAAGGCGUGUGUGGUGAGCUUGAGCCCCCGGGCACGACUUGGGACGUCGUCACCGGCCUCGUCGACUCUGACGAUAAGAUCAACAUGGUCGCCUGGGUUAUCUCCUACUGUGGAGACGCUGACCGUGGCCUGAAACUACACUCUCUUCUCGAGUCUAAGCAGUGCGCUAGCAUAGAGGAUGCUCAUCUCAUCAAACACUCGUUCGUUCCUUCCUUCCGUCGCUCCAGUGUCAUCAUGUUACGAUACCUCACCCUCGCAUCACCCGCCCUCGCAACCGCAGCCGCAACACCACCACCACCAUUCUGCCGCACAACCCCCUCCGACGCAUCCUGGCCCACACCCCCAGAAUGGUCAUCCCUAAACACCACAAUCCAUGGAUCCCUAAUCCGCACCGUCCCCGUCGCAGCAUCGUGCUGGCCCUCCACCAACACCACCUUCGCCUCCCCUCUCUCCUGCCAAGAAGUCAACGACAACUGGUCGAACGGGACCUGGCAUUCGCAACAGCCAGAGUCGAUCGACUACCAGCUCUAUGCGAAUAACUCUUGUUUGCCAGAUGAAGUGGGGAGUUGGUCGGAGAAGCAGGGGUGUACGAUUGGGGGGUUGCCGCAGUAUAUUGUUAAUGCGACGGAGGAGGUUGAUGUGGCGGCUGCGAUGAAGUGGGCUGCGGAGAGGAAUGUGAGAAUUGUGGUUAAGGGGACGGGUCACGAUCUUAAUGGACGAUCAAGCGGCGCUUUCUCACUGUCAAUUUGGACGCGCAACUUCCGCCACCUGACUCGCGACACAGCCUGGCGUAUCGCCAACAGCUCUUCCCCACCCGAAGACGUCUUCAUCGUUGGUAGCGGCCAGCAAUGGGGUAACGUCCUGUCCUUUGCAACAAGUCAGGACCGAGUUGUGACAACAGGCCAGGACCCGAGCGUUGGCCUGGGUGGUUACAUUCAAGGUGGUGGCCACGGUCCUUUAGCCUCGACAUACGGUCUGGCAUCAAGCCAGGUUCUCCAAAUGACCGUUAUUACCACCACCGGACAUGUGCUUGUCGCCAACGAAGUCCAGAACCAAGAUCUCUUCUGGGCACUGCGCGGUGGUGGUGCAGGACAAUAUGGCGUCGUCACCGAGUACGUGAUCAAGCACUACCCAGUUCCCCGUAACGUCGUCAUGGCAAGUGUUCAGAUCAAGCCCAAAGGUAGCACGAAUGCCAGUAUGGAAGCGUCGUGGUCGGCAGUAGCCAGCUGGCUCAGUGCGCUACCCGACCUCAUGGACGCCGGACUUGCAGGCGCUGCAACCGUAGCAGUAGGAAGUACGGCACCGAAAUUCUUCCCCGAUAUCGACGUUUCGAAAGGACCGUUCACCGGUAUUGGUCUCAACCAAGUCUUCUGGGCUUUCAACACCACGCCCGCUGCUGUCGAAGCGCUCGUCCAACCCAUCUUGACAAAAUUGUCAGAAUCGAACACCAACACCAACACCACAAACACCACCCUCAUCACAACAACCCUCUCAACCUCAACCCACCCCACCUACCCCUCCUUCUUCACCACCAUCUCCGGCGACAACGUCGCGGGCGGCGAAUCCCUCACCUCAUCCCGUCUCCUCGGCCGCGCCGAACUCAUCCACACUCCCCACUCGCAAGUCAUCUCAUAUUUGAAAACCGCAAUGGCAAGUCAAAACACCACAGACCCAGGAAACUACGCCACCAUCGGCCUCUCAGGCGGGCCCGGCGUGCACUCCACGCCCUCGCAACACUGGGGCGCCUUACACCCCAGCUGGCGCACCGCGUACCUUCAUUUCAUCGCCACAGGCGCGACAAUCAACUCUAAAGCUGCAGGCUCUGCGAAGCGCGCGUUGAGCAUAGGAGCGGCGUGGCACAACGCUGUCAAAGAGCCGAUGUGGGAGGAGUGGGCGCCGGGGUCGGGCGCAUAUAUGAACGAGGCGAAUCCGUUUGUUGAGGGUUUCCAGAAGGUGUUUUAUGGGGAUGGGUAUGAGAGGUCCAUGUGGCACCGUUGA